CGAGUUUGCAAGUGAGCCACAUCGUCAAACCAGCUCAAGCUUAGUAGCCUGCCUACAUCCAUACUUGUAGAGUAUCUCCCCCUCUCUCAUGCAGGUUCGCAUUAUUCCCAAUCUCAUUCUCUCGCCAUUCAAAAGGUCGAUGCGCUCGCAAUGGCAACUCACAGGGGGCGGCCAUGGGCGCGGAUUUUUACCUUGACCGUCCUCGUCCUCGCUUUUACGGUAGUUGUCGAUGCCUCAACUGGCGACAAGUUGCCAGAAUUUAGGGAUUGCCUCAAGGUCUGCAAUGCUGAAAACUGCUCCCCUGAUAAACCGCAAACUCCAAUCCGUAUAUUCACCCGUUCCGCACGUCCAAAGACACAGCUAAUGUGAGCUCCCGACAACAGCUGUUCUACAUCGACUCCUAUUCUGGACUUGCACCAGCGAAUGCGAUUAUGCCUGCCAGCAUAUCGUAACGGGUCAGCGCAUGGCCGCGGGCCUCACGGUCGAACAAUUCUACGGGAAGUGGCCCUUCUAUCGCUUUCUCGGCAUGCAGGAACCCUUUAGUGUCCUCUUUUCUCUCGGCAAUCUCUGGGCGCAUUGGGAUGGCUUGAAGAAGGUCCAGUCCAGGAUACCGAAAUCUUACUCCCUGCGAAUAUUCUACGAUUGGCUAGCGUAUGUCGGUAUCUCCUCUUGGGUUUUCAGCUCUAUCUUUCAUACUCGGGAUUUCCGGUUCACUGAGGAGCUUGAUUACUUUGCUGCUGGCGCCAAUGUCCUGUACGGUCUGUACUACACGGUCAUAAGGGUUUUCAGACUGGACAAACGCACCCCGCGAAGGAGAACCACCCUGCGAGUUUGGUCGCUCGUCUGCGCCUCUCUCUUUCUUGGCCAUGUCUCGUACCUCAAGUUUAUCCGCUGGGAUUAUACGUACAACAUGACUGCAAACGUGGCAGCAGGCAUCGUGCAGAAUGUCCUGUGGACCUGGUUUAGUUUUAAGAGAUAUAGGGAGUCAAGGCGCAUGUGGGCUGUCUGGCCCGGUUUCGUGGUCGCUUGGAUUAUAUUUGCUAUGAGCAUGGAACUGUUUGAUUUCCCACCUUGGCUGGGUUGUAUUGAUGCUCACAGCUUGUGGCACUUCAUGACGAUUGGACCGACAAUUCUAUGGUACAACUUUCUAGUCAAAGAUGCUCGGGACGAUAUGGCUGGAAGCCAGAGACUUAAGCUUUAGUAAGAUACAGACUCAUAUCAAUAUCAAGAUCCACAUUUCAUAUAAUUAAUUACAUAGUUCAUAUUAUUCAUAUUUCUGAAUGAUGUGGAAUAUAUAAUUAUCAUAAUACGUACUUCUUCGUUGCAG